AUGUCACUCUCGACAACGAUUGUCAGAGGAGCUAACAAACUCAUUGUCAAGGCAGCCGUAACUCCGGCAUGCUCAAGCGUUCACUUCUCAACGCAAACGGAUCAGUCCACGAAUUUGAAAGAAGUAUUAGCCAAGAAGAUUCCUGCUCACAACGCCAAAGUGAAGGAGUUCCGUUCACAACAUGGCAAUACCGUCGUUCAGAACAUCACCGUCGACAUGUACUUAGAUCCUGAGGAAGGCAUCCGAUUCCGUGGAUACUCGAUUCCGGAAUGUCAGAAGAUGUUGCCGAAAGCUGCUGGAGGUGAAGAGCCUAUCCCUGAAGGAAUUUGGUGGCUUCUGUGCACUGGAGAUAUCCCGAAUGAUAAGCAGACUUCUGCUAUCACCAAGGAAUGGAAUGCUCGUGCCGAUCUCCCAGCUCAUGUUUCCCGCAUGUUGGACAACUUCCCUGACAAUCUCCACCCUAUGGCUCAGUUUGUGGCAGCUAUUGCCGCUUUGAACAAUGAGAGCAAAUUCGCGGCUGCCUAUGCUCGUGGUGUCCCCAAGAGCAGCUAUUGGGAGUAUGCUUAUGAGGACUCUAUGGAUCUUCUAGCUAAACUGCCCACUGUAGCUGCGAUCAUCUAUCGCAAUCUUUAUCGGGAUGGAUCAGCUGUGGGAGUGAUCGACCCGAAAAAGGACUGGUCCGCCAACUUCUGUUCGAUGUUGGGAUAUGAUGACCCGCUUUUCUGCGAGUUAAUGAGGCUUUAUCUCGUCAUCCACUCUGAUCACGAAGGUGGUAAUGUUUCCGCUCACACAUCUCACCUAGUUGGUUCCGCUCUUUCGGACCCUUACCUCUCGUUCUCUGCUGCUAUGGCGGGUCUCGCUGGCCCACUGCACGGACUUGCUAAUCAGGAGGUCGUUCCUGGAUAUGGUCAUGCUGUGCUGCGCAAGACCGAUCCUCGUUAUGAGUGUCAGCGUCAGUUCGCUAUGAAACAUCUACCCAAGGAUGACUUAUUCAAGCUUGUGUCAACUCUUUACAAGAUCACUCCCGAUAUUUUACUUGCCCAGGGCAAGGUAUGUUUAGCUUUCUUGGGUCUCUGUGUCUGGCGCCAUGUUGACGAAAUCCCAUUCCAUAGUUAUGGACACCAUUCCGAAUAG